AAUGCUAUAAUAUGAUUUAUAAUAAUAUCUUCGCAUAUUUCAAAUUUAUCUAUCAUAACUAAUGCUGUUGGUGAGUGUUUGUGGUUCGCAUUUCAUUCAGGCACUGCAGCAGCAACAGUUAUACGAGAGAGAAGAAGCCCUGUCUGGAAUUUUCUACUCCCAAGAGGAGUUGAUGCAGAAGCUGAAGGAGUACAAAGGGGAGAACUUGGAUGUCAUACAAGAGGCAAUUGCUUUCGUUGGCGAAACAGUAGAGGAAAACAACGACCUCUUGCUCCCACCGUACCCAACCCGACCAUCAUCUUUCUUGCUACCCCCAAACAAGACUCACAUUUCACAUCUCCAUACGUCAGGCGAAAGAAACGUAUCGAGGAAAGAUGUCAAUGGACCAUCAAACCAAGCAAAGGCCAAAAAAAGUCCGUUGGAAAUGGCAAAAUAUUUCAUCGGGGGAGUGGCAAAGACAGCAAUCACUGUUUUGGGGGUAAUAUCUGUUUUGACACUUGCUGGUUUCGAGCCCAGUCUUAAGAAAAGGAAUGCCCACUUCAAGUUGAUGAACCUAUCGACACCACCCGGGGUUGAUGAAAAAGAAAGAAAAAUGGAAUGCCCGCCGGGGAAGGUAGAGGUGGUUGAAAAUGGAGACGUUCGAUGUGUGGUGAGGGAAAGGGUUGAAGUUCCAUUUCAGUCUGCUGUUGCAACACCUGAUGUAAGUUAUGGGUGUGGAUGAAUUUUUUUUCUACUUGGUUUUCUGCGUUUUUUCUUACCAGAUAUUGAUAAAUGGUUAUUUAUUUAUUUUACCCUGCUAGAAUUCUGCAAUCUGUGAAUGGGUAUGACAAAAUCCACCCUUAAAUGACAAAAUCCACCAUUAAAAUAUCACUCUAAAU